AUGAAGUUCAUAAUAGCUCUCUCAGCCAUGGCCGGGCUUGUCCCCGUUGCCCUAACCGCUCCUUCGCGGCUUCACCUCCGCAGCGGCGACACCCAAGAAGUGAACGUCAUGAUCCAACAAGUCAAGUCAACCUCCGAAACCGACAUUGCUGUCGUCAGCAAGGAUACCUCGGACAUUCUCGGAUACUCCUGCUCCAGCACCCUCAACUCCGGUGCCUUUGCCAAUCUCCCCAUCACCGCUGACAUAGACGAAAAUGGUGCUGGUACUCUGACCGUGGGCUCCAUAACCUACAGAGUCCAUGAAGAUCGUGAUACCUCUGGCGGUAUCGUAUGCGCUCGCAUCUAUAAUGAUGGCGAGAGUUUCUUGGACUGUGCUGUACCGGUGCCGUCGUCCUUGAAUCUGGCGCCUAUUGGUAAUCAGGAUGCGACCUGCUUCAACAGUGGGGUUAUUCCUAUGUUGCAGAGCGUGUACAAGUCCAUGCUUGCCCAACAAGCCCCGCCUGCAACUGCCAACCUGACGCGUAGGGAUUUGUCGUCAUCAAGGCCUGCCUUAGACGAACGUCAAUGCGGUUUCUGGUCUGAUGCCAGCCAGAUCGUUGGGGAUGGCAACCCUCACCAGAACUACUAUGCCAACCAACUCUCUGAAAAUAUGAACUGCGGUGUAAGAAGCUGCAGCGUCGGCCAAACCCAAAGUGUAUCCUACACGAUUGGCUGGACUGCCAGUGCAGCAGCAUCCCAAUGGCUCACUGGCGGUUUCUCCGUGAGCGCAAGCUGGACGACCGGAAACUCAUACAACUGCAACGGGAAUCCCGGUGACACCGUUUGUGUCUGGUACAACACCGCCCAUACUGCCUACACUUGCGAGAAUGGUAUGUAUAAUACCUGCACUGGAUUCAGUGGUAAUGGCGACCACUUUGUCAUGUUCUCUCCCAACGCGGGUAAUGUGGGUGGUGGUUAUUACUGUGUUAUUGGUACUUGCCGUAGCCAAGGAGAGGGUUACUGGAAUUAUGAUGGUCCUGCUGGUGGUCCUCGGGACUAA